GGGUUCCGACGCUUCCGCUUCCGGGGUGGCAGCGGCGGGCGGCUGUGGAGGCCGGGAGGGCUCGGCGGCGGAGGUGCCUGGGCGCGAACUUGCCUCCCCGGGAGAAGCGGGAGCCGGAACGGCGCGAGUGGAGCUUCAGGUUGAAAUUAGAGGAGGAGAAGCAGCAAUACUGUGGCAGCUGUGCUAGGAGGACCUUGGCAUCCUAUCCCCAUCCUAAAGGGAGAUUUAGGUUUGGGGUGACUCAUCCACAAGAGCAGCACAGCCUGUAGCUUUCAUCAGCUUUUGACAGGGCUGGGGAAAUUUUCUGUGCGCAAAUUCUGGGCAUUCCCGACUCCAGAAAGAUGUCGUCAAAGUGGAAGGUAUUGGACGGGACCAACGCAGAAACAAUUUACUGAAAAAUCUUUGUAGUCGUAAAAUUCUUUCCUGGGCAAGAGAGAGAGAGAAAAGCAUAAGGACUUGGCGUAAAUCUACGUAUUGAGGACUGUCAGACUAACGCGAUGGCUCAGGCGAGUCUCCUGGCCUGCGAGGGACUCUCUGGGGUUUGCCUCGUGCCGACGGUUGCCAGCAAGAAGAUGAUGCCGAAGCAAAGCCCUAAGCAGGUGGAGAAUGGAGAAAGGGGUGCUCCAAACAUGCUGGGACAUCACCGCAAGGAAAGCGAGAAGUCGCGCAGCCGAAAGGAGGAGGAAGCGACAGAAGGGUCUCAACCCAAAAAGUCUCAUAAAAAGGUCAUGGUGAUUGAGCAGAACGGGUCCUUCCAGCUCCGAAUCCCCAAGAACUUUAUUUGCGAACACUGCUAUGGUGCGUUCCGGAGCAGCUACCAUCUCAAGAGGCACAUCCUCAUCCAUACAGGUGAGAAGCCAUUUGAGUGUGAUGUGUGUGACAUGCGCUUCAUCCAGAAAUACCACCUGGAGCGCCACAAGCGUGUGCACAGUGGGGAGAAGCCGUACCAGUGUGAGCGCUGCCUGCAGAGCUUCUCCAGGACAGACCGGCUGCUGAGACACAAACGAAUGUGCCAGGGUUGCCCGAGCAAAGCGUCUGACUCACAGCUGCUGCUUUAGGGGUAGGCCAGGAGAAAGGGGAAACGAGGAGGAGCUGCAAAGCAAACAGGAUUAUCUGUGGGUUAUUUUGUUCAUUUGUUGGGGGUGGGUUGGGGUUGUGCUUGUGUUUGCCUGCUGGGCCUCCCCCUAUGGAAGGGGGCAGAGCUGAGUGGGGGCACAGACUUUCAGACAAGGUCUUGGCACUGUAAAUAAGUUGAGGACAAACCAGGGCUGGCUUCCCAGCCCCUUGUGGUUGUGGAUAAACUUUGUCUGAGUUCCUGUUUUUUGUUGGAGUUAUCACCAUUUGCCUCAGGAAAGGCUUUGUGAGAACGGCUGAACCCUCCUGCAAGACCUGAUUAUGAUGUUCGAUGCUCUCGAUUGACAGAUCUGCCAGCUCUUGCCCAGCCUUUUGGGCUUGCGAAGGUGGGAGAAGGACAGACUAAUAAUCAUUUUUAAAAAUUAUUAUUAUUUUAAAAAGACAACAAUCAAGCACCAAACUGUUUUCACAGAGCUGAGAAGCAAAAGCUGUGGAUUUAAGAGACAGGUUAGCAACAGAAGGAUUUCGAUUCCAAGGGGUCGCACCAGAGCUUUGCCAUAUCAGGAGCCUGUCUCAUUAGAGCUUUUCCAGAAGGUCUACAGAGGUUUUUAUUCUCCUGCAGGAUCUGGAUCCCUUUCUCAACCCUCAGGUUUCAAGAAACAAGGGCUGGUGGGGUGAUGUGUGCUCCUGGGUACCAUAAAAGCCCACCUUUCAGGUGUUCACUACCAGCAAAAUGCAAGAGGAGAUGCUGAUGAUUGCUGGCUGGAGGGACGUGUCUGGCUACUUCCAGUGAGGAGGGGUGCUUCAGACCUUUUGCAGGAAACUUGGCUCUUGCUCCCCUUCCCUUGUAUAUAUAAAUAUAUAUAUAUAUAUCCUGUAUGUGUUCAGGAUCCACCCCAUUGAACUCCGCUUCAUGUACAAUUAGUAUCUUUAUCUGAUGGGAAUCCUUCCUCGCCCACCCCUCCAAAAAACCAGCAACGCCACGAGAGUCAGUGGUAGUCCACCGUUUCAAAGUGUUCCUCUGGCAGGAAGGGACUAUAAUCCAUCUUGUGCCAUGUGGAGGAAGAUGACAAGCAGCUGUACUCGAAGCUCACAACUAAACCAAGUCCAGGAUGCCCUUACUCCUUCAUAUUGGUUUCUGCUGCCUCGGCCAAAGUACUGCUAUCUCCUAUCUUAGGAAAGCCAUUGUCCGAGAGAAGCAAAGUCUCCAGUUGCUCUUGGCUGUCCCAGUUUUUUGCAGGCCUUAAUUGGAGAGUGGGGGGGAGGGGAGGCUCUUUUCAAAAGAUUCAGCCCGAUUCAGAAGAUGUGAUCCUGGCUGGUGCUGUCGUCACUGCUGGGUUGCAACAAACAGCAGCAAGUCUGCAAGGAAAGCAGGUGUCUGCAAAAUAUUGCCAUCGGUUUUGGUUCUCGCAGAGGGUUUGUGACUGCGUUGGGGUGUUGGGGGAGAGAGAACAGCCAGUUCAGAACUCUGCCAUUGGAACCCCCGUCUUGUGAAUGGACAUCUAUAUCUGAAAUCCUCCUGUGUCUUUUGUGCGAUAAACUCCUCUUACCCUUUCCCCAUUCUAGAGUUAACCUCUCCCAGGCUUCUGCAGGCUUCCGUUGGGUCCCAAUUCCCACUGAGACAUGCAUCAGUAGAGGACUGGCUUCCUCCAUGAGGUCAUGUUGCAGAGAGAGACAGCAAGCACUUUUGAAAGUUUAAAUGUCCUGCCAAUGCAACUGGAAAGGUUUGUAAAUAGAGGUGGAAUACUUUAGAUCAAGAAGGAUUUCUCCAAAAGUACAACAAUGCUCUAGUAGUAAGCGCUGCGUGCUACAGGCUCAAAAACACUUGUAAACUUGGAGAAAUCACCUGGUUGGUUUCUUUUUUAAGUGUUCUCUGUCAUUUCCCAAGUGGCUGUCUAAAAGGCAGUGUAGUUUCUUAGACUCCCUCAUCCUCUUGCAGUCAGCCUGAACUUUGGUUGGAGUGGCCAAUGGGAGAGUUUUGUGUGCUAUGCGGUUUGUUAACGCUGUGCUUGAUGGCACUGCAUUGCAGAGCCUACCCAGGAGUAGGCUGUCUUAAGUAGUAGAACAGAAAGCACUGUUGGAAAGGACUUCCAACACCAUUUGUUCUGUGCUUCUACAGAGCAGGUCAUAGGUCCAGCUUUCCUGGUGCAAGAUGAGGAUUAUGCAAAAUCAUAAUGGUGCUUCCAAGAUUUACUGGUUACUUUGGCUCUUGGGGCAGAGAUGGAAAGGGAGCUUUUUCAAGUUCCCCCUCUUGUGUGUGUUAGGAGAACCAGUGUUUCAUUCCCACUUCCUUUCAUUAGGUAAAUUGAACUCCCCCCCCCCUUAAAACCUAUAAUUAUUUCAGCCCCCUUUUACUCUGCACUUCAUUGUGCUGAUUGAUUUGUUAAGUGUAACUCUGGGAACUGUGGCUUGUUGUUUUGGUUGGGGCCAGCAAAAAGCAUUGUACUAAAGUGUUGACUCUUAGAAAAUAAUAACAAUUGAGCGAACGCGUGGCUUUGUGAUUUCGCUUUCCACAGAAGCAGUUAUGGGAUUGUGCAUUAGAAAAUGCUUGUAGAAAUACAGUAAGUUGGGAUUCUCUCCUGGCUUCCUCCUCUCUUGGGCCACAGUUCUAGGGCAAGAAGCACCAAGUGUUUUUAAAAAGGAAAAUAUCUUUCUCUAGCAGGAAACGCCUUUUCAUUGAACACUAGGCAAUGCUGUUCUGCUCUCUUCUGGUUAAUCCUCUGGCAUUAAUCCUUCAGUAAUUCAUUAAUGCCACUGCAUUGCAAAAAUGUACUCAGUGUUGCAGCUUAUUUCCCCAUUCAGCGCACUGAAAAUCAUCUGGUUCUCUUGAACAGACUUGAUGCCAGACCCCUUUGUGUGCCAAACAGGGCAAUGACCCAUCAUUGCUUCGAUCCCUCUGAAGCGCGUGUGGCUUUUUACAGCACAAAGCUAUUUGAGGCUUGGCAGGCUAGCGUGCCACCAAAUGAGCACUCUUCAGCCUGCUUGUUAACACUUGGCCAGUGCAGCCAGCCAUUGGGUUAGCUAUCAGUCCAGCUCCUCAUUGAGCUAGCUAGCAAAGAGAAAUGCUCGUUUCUGCUCAGGCAGAUGAAUGGCGAAUUGCAGAUUUGGAAAUGGCUUGCAUGAGCCGCUGUGUGGCACAUGAUCUUUGCUGUUGGGAUUCCUCUCAGAACCUGGCGAGAAGAAAGGAGGGUGCUGCUUGCUGCUGGUGUUAAAGGCAACAUAGCUAGCUGGGUGAGUGAGUGGGGAGGAGGGUGUUUCUACUUCCCAUUGCAGUCAUCUUCCUUGUACAGUUGACACAUGGCUUAGCUUGUGACUUAUUCACUAGUGCAAGUCACACUUCAAUGUACAGAAGUGUGGCCCGGCUCGGCUCUGAAGAUUAAUUUGUUUGCAAGGUGAGAUUGCUUGUCUUUGUAAAAGUAUCCGCUGUGUUCCUCAAGUAUCCUCUAAGGAAAAUAUUUAGGAGAGAAAUUGGCAGAACUUUCAGAUGCCUUCAAGGAACAAAAUGCUUUGGGAAGUCCUGGAAAAUGGGCUGUCGUGUUUUUAUGGGAGUAUAGGCAAUCUCUUCUGAGGGAGUCAGAAUUAUAUGGUAAGGAAAACCAUGGUUAAAGCUUUUUUCUUAGCUUUACGACUAAAGUGUGCAACAGGUGAUGUGCUUGAAUGUCCUAAAAGACAGAAUGCCUGCACGCAGCGAGUUACCAUGUCAGAGUGAAAAAGUAUGAAUGUGUAAAACACGCAACUUUCUCCUACCCUACCUGAAAUGGUAUUAUCCAGGAAAUGAUGCAUUGCAUGGCUAUGCUAGUGUGCGCAACAGACUUGGUUGUCGUCUUCUUGGAAGCGAUACUUAAAUGACACAAGAACCCUUCUCAAGUGAAUUGAUAGCAACACCCAGGAUGAGUGAAGUCUUGCAUUUUUCGUUGACGGAGGUGAAAUUGACUUAGGAACAGAA